ACUGAAGCCUAGCUGGGCUGCAGAUCUCGCGCUCCCGUCGUAAAGAGAGAGAGAGAGAUGGAGGAGAGGAGGCGCGUGCUCGUCGUCGGCGGCAACGGCUACCUGGGCCAGCACCUCCUCGCCGCGCUCGCUGCCGGCGGCGUCGUCGACGUCGCCUUCACCCACCACCGCGAGGCCCCGCCGCGGCCGCUCCUCCACGCGCUGCCCGGCCUCCGCGCCUUCCGGGUAGACCUCCGCUCCCCCGGCGAUGGCCUCCGCGCCGUCUCCGAGUCCUUCGGCCAGCCACAUGUGGUUGUGAAUUGUGCUGCGAUCUCAGUACCUCGGGAAUGUGAAACGGAUCCUGCUGCUGCUAUGGCUACCAAUGUGCCUUCAUCACUUGUCAGUUGGUUGUUAAGCUUUGGGAAUGAUAGCACUCUUCUUAUCCAUCUCUCAACAGAUCAAGUUUAUGAGGGAGUAAAAUCCUUCUACAAAGAGGAGGAUGAGACUUUGCCAGUGAACAUGUAUGGAAAAUCUAAAGUUGCUGCAGAGAAGUUCAUUAUUGAACAAUGCUCAAACUAUGCAAUUUUGAGAAGCAGUAUUAUUUAUGGGCCACAAACACUUUCUCCUGUUGCAAAAUCUCUCCCCAUUCAGUGGAUGGAUAGUGUUCUUUCACAAGGCCAACAGGUUCAAUUCUUUAAUGAUGAAUUCCGGUGCCCUGUUUAUGUAAAAGAUAUGGUGGAUGUAGUGUUGUCUUUGACAAAAUCAUGGUUAGCAGAUGGCAAAGCUAUUCAGGUACUUCUCAAUGUCGGUGGACCAGAUAGGGUCUCAAGACUGCAGAUGGCUGAAUCUGUUGCUGAUGUUCGUGGAUACAGUCAUUCUAUCAUCAAAUCUGUAUCUGCUUCAUCGGUUGACCGGGGCGUGGUUUCUCCACCAGACAUAUCCAUGGAUAUCACCAAACUAACCCAAAUGCUUGGUAUCAAACCAAUUUCAUUUCAAGAUGGAGUCAGAGCUACCCUUGCUGCAGAAGCUAGCACAUGACACUUUGUUUGUUCAUGUUGCCAAAGAGGGUUGCUUGUAUUUGUAUGUGAAAGCGUGUGAGAUAAAGAGCCACUUUCAGUUUGUUGAACAAUGGCAAAUUAUGUCGAGUGUAUGUGAAAUAUGUAACUUUUUUGACGAUGUGAAAAAGGAGAUAUAGCAUUCAUCCAACAUCAAUAUCUUGUAUUACCGUCUGGUUAUAUACAUCGGAAUAAAA